UUGUGGCGAAUCUUGACCUUACUGUGUCUCGCUGAUUUGGAGAGACGUUUUUGGAAAAAUUUUGAUUUUUCCUGAUAGCGUUAACCGCAGAGUCAUGAAGCUUUCAAGAGGAGCCCUGUGGAUCACCACGGGACUUUGUCUUGCUGUACUAGCGCAAUGCGUACCUCAUGUACGCAAUCCACGUCACAUAUCCCCCUCAGAGAUGCAAUAUUACAUGCAACAACAAGUUCCAAUAGGAUUCUUUGUAAGAGACGAAAAGGAUGGUGGUGGUAAAGCAGGACCCCCGGGACCCCCCGGACCUCCCGGACCUGCAGCACGUCCUUUCUUUGAUCAGGGUAGCGGCGGUAGUGGAAGUGGGGAUCUUGUUGCUCGUGGAACUAUUCCUGGACCACCAGGACCUCCAGGACCACCCGGGCCCCCGGGAGCUGGGCUUGAGAAUGCGGACAAACUGGGAAGAAAGGAUUCCAUUACCUGCCAAGGCGAAAAACAAUGGGUCGAAUGCCCAACUUAUCGUGUCAUCAAGAUCCAUGAUGCCUUCUGGGGUCGCGAUGACGACAGAACAUGCACACGUAAUGGUGUCCAGCACGGACUGAGCACCACUGCCAUGUGCCCUCAAGACGACCAGAACACAAUCAGAAAGGUCAAAGCACAGUGCGAAGACGAGAAUGCCUGUGAAGUCGUAGCCAGCCCGGUUUUCUUUGACAGGACCGACUGCACUGGAACGUACAAGUUCUUACGAAUGAAAUACGAGUGCCUGCCGAGCGAAUCACGAGUCAAGAACAUGUCAUAAGCCAUCUGAUUUCUUUUGGAAUUGUCCUUGUUAAUAAUAGUGGCCAAAUCAAGUCGUCCAACACUAACACCUCCAAAGAAUUUCAUCGCACAUAUUGUAAUAUAUUUUCAUAAAGUGAAAAUUUAUUUGGGCAAAAUUGAUCACGUGAUUAUAACUUAACCCAAUAGUAAAGCCGCAUACGUUGUAACUUGCAGUCCAAUCUAUUUCGCGUAUAGUACUUUUAUGAGAUGACAUUCAUAACUAGUGUAAAUACCAAAAAUCUCAUUACGUAUGACAGGCGCUUUUAGAUUUAUUUCUUAGAAGAUUUCAUCGAUUAUUCACUUAUGGAAAGAUGAAUUUACUUUUGUAUUUAAAUAAAGCUGUUUAUCUCAUAUUA